CUAAACUGUCGAGUUUGCAAUUUUCCUUUCAAAGCUGUCAUAAACUGAGAUACUAUUCUUAAAAAGACCAUCAGCAGUUCCCUUCAUACAGUAGCUACUGACUCGUCAUCAUUUGCAUUCGACUGCAAUUAAGGAGCACUGAAGACAACAUGGAUGUCAUACUAUUUGGCCUCGUCAUCGCGCUAAUCAUUGGCCUUUGCACCAUUGGACGUCGGCCAUCGUCGUAUCCUCCUGGUCCUCCAACGCUGCCUCUGAUUGGAAAUCUUCACCAAAUGCCUACCAAGAAUGGGCAUCUCCAGUUUCAAAAAUGGGCACAGGAAUAUGGCCCAAUCUAUUCACUGAUCCUUGGCACCAAAGUUAUGAUUGUUCUCUCUUCCGACACGGCAAUCAAAGAUUUGUUAGAUAAACGCAGCAACAUCUACUCUUCCCGCCCAGAGAUGUACCUGGGACAGAUCGUGAGCGGUCGCCUCCGAGUUCUCUUGAUGGUAACCAUUCACAUCUAGAUCUUCCACCAUUGUGGUCUUCACUGUUCUGAAUAACAGUUUCCCAGGCAUAUGGCGACACCUGGCGCAUGAUCAGGAAAAGCAUCCACAAUAUUCUCAACAUCAAAGCAGCUAAGUCAUACGUACCGUACCAGGACUUGGAAAAUAAGCAAAUGCUUUGCGGCAUGCUCGACGAGCCCGAGGCUUUCAUCGAUCACAUCAAACGAUAUACAAAUUCACUUACUACACAAAUGGUCUUCGGGUUUCGCACUAUCAAUAUUAAUGAUCCAAAGCUGAAGCAGCUCUUCGAGGGAUUUGAAAAUUUCUCCGAGGUCACAGGGACAGCCACCGCAGCACUUCUCGACCUUUUUCCAGUGUUGCAGCUCCUGCCAGAUGCUAUUCUCCCUCUACGGCGUUAUGCACAGGAAUUGCACCGGCGUGAGAAGGAACUUUAUGUUGGGCACUGGAUGGAUGUCAAAAAGGCCAUUAAAAAUGGCACCGCAAAGCCGAGUUUUUGUGUUGACCUAGUCAAAGCCCAAGACCACUAUGGGUUCUCAGAUGACCUCGCCGGAUACAUAAGUGGUAGUCUUCUAGAAGCUGGUUCUGACACCACCGCUUCCACCCUGAUUGCGUUUGUUCAAGCUAUGGUUGUCUUCCCCGAUGUACAGAAGAGGGCACAGGAAGAGCUUGACCGAGUUUGUGGAGAUCGCUUGCCAACGAUGGAAGAUGAGCCAAGCCUCCAGUUUAUCCGUGGUUGCGUUAAGGAAAGCUUAAGAUGGAUGCCCACUGCUAUUCUUGGAGUGCCACAUGCUGUGAUCACUGACGAUGAAUACAUGGGCUACAAGAUACCAAAGGGCGCUGGUGUGGUGUGGAACGUCUGGGCUAUUCACACAGAUCCAAAGCGCUAUCCCAAUCCCCGAGCCUUUGAUCCAUCCCGUUACGCCGAUGACUUUCAAACUGCAAGCGAGGCAGCUACGAAUCCCGAUUCAUCCAAACGUGACCAGUUCGUCUUUGGUGCAGGUCGCCGUAUUUGCCAAGGCAUGCACAUCGCAGAGAGAUCGCUGUUCUUGGGUAUUUCCAGGAUGCUUUGGGCCUUCAAUCUGAACAAGGCCGUCGACCAGAACGGCAACGAAAUCACACCAGACAUUGACCAGCUGACCGAAGGACUAUUGGUUCUUCCAAAACCUUUCCGGGCGCGGAUUACACCUCGAAGCGAGCACCAUGUUCGAAGGAUCCGCGAAGCGUGGAGUGAAUGCCUGCCACUACUCGACCCACAGAUGCAAUGGAAGGAAGUUCCAAAAGGAAUGGCAUUCGGUGCAUAUAAUGCAAACAAAUAACUGCGCUUAUCAGUGAGAGGUUUAUUGAAGUGGGAAUCCGAGUUGGUUGGUUACUACUAGGGAACAUUCAUGCGGCAUACUAUGUCCAAAGGAUGUUGGAAAAAAUAGGUUGCCUGCAAAAGUCUACUUGAUACUUGUUCUUGAAUGAUAAGUUGUAUUGUUGCGAGCUGGCUGGGUUUCUUCUUCUGUUUUCUUCUUUCACGGAUGAGAAAGGUCUGAUCAAACGGAAACGAGCGACAUAGGAUAUAGAAAAAGGAAAUGCAGUCAUUAAUCGAGAUGGACAUGAAGAACUCA